AGGCGGCUCCUCUCUGGCGCCGUCGCGCCCCCUAGCCCAGCCCCCCGUGCCCGCUGGCCCGCCCAAUCGGUGCAGUUGGCUCCAUGGAGUCGCGCGCGCGCGUAGCAGCGCCAGGCCGCCAUCGACCAUGAGGCGUAGAGCCAGGCGAGGAAGUGCGGCGCGUCGCCGCUGCUGCUCCGCGGGCUGCGGCUCUCGAUGCAGGCCGGGGCCGCCAGGCGGCUGGCCGCAUUGUGUCGCGCCCGAUGCGCUGGGCUCCCGCACCUCGCACUGCGGCUGGACGGCCUGCGGCCGCACUCCCGCAGGGCGGCCAGCGGCGCGAAGCCCGUUACGAAGUCGCAGGCGAUCGGCAUCACCAGGGGGCGCGCCGACUGCGGGGCCAAGUCGGUCACGGUCACGAAGAAGGCGGCGGCCGCGGCUCCCGCGGGCGUGGCCACGCACCGCCUCUGAGCCGGCAGGAGGGGCGGGGGGGCUGCGCCGUGUUCGCGCAGCCGCGGCCCCACUGUGAGGCGGGGCUGAGGGGGAUCGUGGGGCUGCUGAGGAGGAGGUCAUCGAUAGCUGUGCGGACGAGGGAAUCCUCCUGCCGCUAGGCGGUCGACCUCUGGCGAGAUUCAAUUUGCGUGCGUGCCCAGUGUAUUGUACAAGAAUUCAUCGCGCUGGCGGGGAGCAGCAAACCAAAGCCUCUAAGGUUACUGGCAGUCGAUUCCCUCCCACCUCCUUCCUCCC